AUAAAAAAAAAACAUGUAACCUUCCACUGACAAUGUUCUCUUCUUCACAGUGUAGGAGGAAUGGAGUCUUUUAGCUUUUUAUUGAUCAUUCUCCUGUUUGGAAGUGGUAGCUUCUUAACAAUGGAGAGAGAUGAAGCUGCUAGACAUACAAAUCUAUCAUCAGCCUGUGUUCUGCCUAAAACAUGUCCAGUGGCUGGCUAUAAUCACUGGUACAGAGUGGGGUCAAGGUGUGUCAGAUAUUUCAGCACCCCUCUCAACUUCACUGAAGCUGAGUUUAGCUGCAGAAGCCAAGCCCCUGGUGGACAUCUGGUGUCAGUGCAUAACUCAAAAGCUAAUGCUGAUGUGCUCUGCAUUGUGGUCUACCAUAACCCACACAACCUGAUCACCUGGAUCGGAGGCUUUGAGCUUUUUCGGUCUGGUAAAUUUAUCUGGACUGAUGGUUCCUUCUGGAACUAUCAAGUUUGGUCACCUGGGGAGCCCGUCCGCAUCUACCGCAGCAGUGAUGUCUGUGUGGAAAUGAACUGGAGUCAUGUUGGCAAGUGGAAUGACUACCCAUGUCAUGUGAGAAGAAACUACAUGUGCGCCUUCAAAGUGAUGACAGCUUUAAAUUCAGACUAAGUAGGUUUAGACUGAACU